ACUUCUCAUUUGUUCACUUUUUUCUGUUUGUGUGAUUUAAAUUUAAUUUCUCUUUUGGGUCUAUGGAGUUCGAUUUUUAUUAUUGAAUCUUGAUAAAUGAUUGAUUUCUCUGUGAGAUUCUCUCUCUCUCUCUCUCUCUCUCUCUCUCUCUCAUGGUGAUCAUCGUCAGCAAUAUUACAGUGAUGAUGAGUGAAUGUGAUGUGGUCCGACAUGUAUGCCAAUUGCCAAAACCUUUGUCGUUUUUUGUUUUAGUUGGAAGAUGAAUUACCAAAAUUAGAACUUUCAGAAACUGAUAAAAUUAGUCAGUGUUUUGUCAAUCCAUCAAAAUUGUAAGAAGCUUGAAAUUCCUCAAGGGAGGAGAGUGGGCAAGUGAAAACGACAAUGCCAUGCCAGAGAGAAAUUGAAUCAAAUGGGAAAAAUAAGGGGCCAAAGUUUGAGGAGACUGGCCUUUCAAAUUUGGGUUGCAGAACCAUUAUUUGUUUCUCUCAGUAUAUAGCUUCUGAUUGAUCAUUAUGCUGGAUUGGUUUAGACUGUAGACUGAUGGGGGUGUCAAGUAGAUUGCUUGCUGACUCUUUUAAUAGACACCUGAUAUGGGUAUAAGAUCCUUGUGAAAAGCCAGCUAUUUGUUUUUACUUGCUGAAAAUAACUACAGAAUUAAAACACUUGAGUGAAGUUUGAACAUGAUCUUCUGGUUCAAUAUCAGAAGAAGUCCGCUGUUUAGUAUAAGGAUGUGAUUCGUCAGUUUUCUUAAUUUGCGAGUAUAGAUGUCCAAAAGAAAGUAUGGAUGUGUUGAAUGAUUAGGGGUUUCUUCGCCUUAAGUGAUUCUCUGCCUGAAGCUAGAUCCCUUAUUGUUCCUCUCUGGUGUUUUUGAAUGUUAACUUCAUCCUGAAAAGCAUUUGACGAUAGCCGGUGUACAUAUCUCUCUUUUUCCUUUUUUCUUUUUUAAACCAAUUUAAAGAAUAUGGAUAAAAAUCUCCUUUUUUGAGGCAAUUAUACAACUUUUUUCAGUAGCAAUUUCUUGUAGAUGUUACAACCCAAGUUGUUGAAGUUUGCCUAUCACACAAAUUAACUGUAGGAACUGCUAUUUAUGAGAUACAUAUAUGUUUUCACUUGCAACAUGGAUAGGUAUCAAAGAUACACACACACACACAAGCAUGCUUGACAGACAUGAAGAUGCAUUUCAGAGUCCAUGUUGGAGAAAUGGUCAUAUAACUCCUAGAUCUGAAUUGAAGUGGCAUAAGUGUAUAGAGUUGUGCCUUGCAUUAUUUGUGGGAACAAACGGUGAGACCUACUUCAACACAGCUGCUCUAGUUUCAUGUGUGCAAAACUUCCCCAAAAGCCGGGGUCCUGUUGUUGGGAUAUUGAAGGGAUUUGCUGGAUUGAGUAGUGCAAUUUUGACUCAGAUUUAUCUUAUGAUCAAUUUUCCGAAUGAAUCAUCACUCAUUUUCAUGGUUGCAGUUGAACCAACAAUUGUUAUUAUUGCUCUGAUGUUCAUUGUUAGACCUGUGGGAGGUCACAAACAAGUUAAACCAUCUGAUAAUUCAAGCUUCUUCUUUACCUACAGUGUUUGCCUCAUUCUGGCAAUUUAUCUGCUGGCAGUGUUGGUGAUUGAGGAUCUGGUUGACGUGAGUCAAGCUAUAAUCACUUUAUUUGCAGUUAUUUUAAUUCUUCUCAUACUGCUUCCAGUUAUAAUUCCCAUUCAAUUGGUAUUCUUCUCGGGACCAAGGCCUCCAGCUGAGGAGAGCCUUCUCUCUGAAGCACAGAAACAAGAACUAAGUAAAUCUGAGCAGGAUGUGAAUGGGAUUAUUCUCAGUGAGGUUGAAGAUGAGAAGCCUCCAGAAGUAGACUCCCUUCCGGCAUCAGAAAGGCAAAAACGAAUUGCUCAUUUGCAAGCUAAACUGUUCCAAGCUGCUGCUGAAGGAGCUGUGAGAAGGCGAAAAGGCCCUCGUAGAGGAGAGGAUUUCACCUUAAUGCAGGCAUUAAGAAAAGCAGAUUUUUGGCUGAUCUUCUUCUCCCUCGUUCUGGCUUCUGGAUCCGGUUUGACAGUUAUUGAUAACUUGGGUCAGAUUUGUGAAUCACUGGGAUAUAAUGUUACAACUAUAUAUGUAUCCUACAUCAGUGUUUGGAACUUUCUUGGCCGUGUUGGUGGCGGCUACUUCUCUGAGCUUGUAAUAAGAAAAUAUGCCUACCCAAGACCAGUGACAAUGGCUGUUGGUCAGGUUAUCAUGGCAAUUGGACUUUUCUACGCUAAUAUGGGAUGGCCUGGAGAAAUUUAUGUUCUCACUGUGUUGAUAGGGCUUGGGUAUGGUGCUCACUGGGCAAUUGUGCCAGCUUCAGCUUCUGAGCUAUUUGGCCUGAAGAGUUUUGGGGCCUUGUAUAAUUUUCUUACACUUGCUAAUCCAGUAGGUUCUCUGAUUUUCUCAGGUGUCAUUGCUAGUGGUAUAUAUGACUAUUUUGCAGAGCUGCAAGCCGGCCUCUCACAUCAAAAUUCUGAAGCCAUGCUUGCAAUUCCUCUUCGUGAUGAUGACGUCACUUGUUUGGGAACCAUAUGCUAUUCCAUCACAUUUGGGAUCCUGUCUGGACUUUGCCUUGUGGCAACAGGCUUGAGUUUGAUUGUUGUUUAUCGGACUAAGAAGGUUUAUGCCAACCUGUAUGGAAAUUCUCGCGGUUGAGUUACAAGCAGUGGCAGAGUCAGGAAUCUUGAGUUGGGGGCCGAACUAUAUAUUCUAUCAAGAUAAACUCAAAUAAAAAAUAGACACUCCCCUAAAAAAUCCACAUAAUAUAUAUGUGUGUGUAAAUAUAAAAUAUAAAAAUUGUUUGCAAAACUUCAUCCAUGCUUGACAAAUCAAUAUCAUAAUGUUAUAAUUGAAGUAUCA